AUGUCGGAGCGCAUCGAGCAGCGCUACUGCAUUAAGUUCUGCUACAAGCUUGGUGAUACACAAGUGCAAACUAUCCAGAAGAUUCAGCAAGCCUUUGGCGACGAAGCCAUGGGAAUAACACAGAUAAAGGAGUGGUAUAAUCGCUUCAAGCAAGGACAAAUCUCAGUUGAGAGCAAGCCACGGUCAGGCAGGCCAUCCACCAGCAGAAACGAAGAAUUCGUUGAAAAUGAUCGUCGAAUAGUGGAGGACGACCGUCGUAUAACCAUCAAAGAAAUUACUGAAGAAUUGCUGGUGGAACAGCAGAAACAACUCCGCCUGGAAAUUGCACAAGACCUGCUUGACUGUGCUAACAGUGACUCUGACUUCAUGAAGACUAUCAUCACUGGUGAUGAGACAUGGGUGUACUCUCCAGACAUGGCAUCUUGUGACUUCUGGCUGUUCCGUAAAAAGAAAGCAACUCUAAGGGAAGCGUUUUGA